AUGGAUGCUAAAGAUUCAAAAUGGCUACAAAAGUUAGAUGGUGGACCCUUUAUAACCUUGAUCUGGGAGUAUCGGGAUAGAUGGCAAGGGUCAUCCAGUAAUCCGGCUGUAAGGAGAACUGCCCCCUCGGAUAUGCAGGUCACACCGACCCCAACUACAGAAAUUUCACGGUCGGACCCACCCAAAGAUGAUAAAGAUAGAGAACAAAGACUCGGAUUCACAGGUUUUGGAACCACUGGAGGUUAUCCUGGUUCCGCAGCAGGAAUAUAUACACCUCUAAAAUUGGAUUUAGGAGGACUAUUAGUUGGAACUUUGGUCAGUAUUGGAGCAAUUUUCAUCUUGCCUAAGAUCGUCAAUAUCGUUAGCGGCGGUUAUGGAUACGCCAGAAGUGAAGAUGGUACUGGAGUGACCCAGAUGUUGGCAAGAUUAGAUGAUACUUUAAGCAAAUUCAAUAUAGAUUCUUCAUCGUGUAUGCAAAGGGCAGUUUGUUCGUAUGUGAAAACGUCUGAAGGAAAAAUAUCUGAAGGAGCAGCCGAUCAGUUUGACCAACUGGUUCAUGCUUUAUCAGGAACAGCCAUCAAAGAGGCAAUAAUCGCAGGACGUAAGCAGCUUAAAGAAAAAACUUGCGAAGAAUUAUAUCCUGGUUGCAAAUUAGACAAACAGAAAGGAAUACAAAUGAUUUCAAAAUUACUCCAUGAACUAAUGCUUUGGGAAAAAUGUAUCAAAAACCUUGAAAGAUCUACUCAAUGA